AUCUGUGCUUCUAUCCUCAUAUAAUAUCGAAGAAUACCCGCAAGCUCCUAGUAAAUGAGGAGCCGGGGAGCCGGAAGUGCGCAAAGUGCAUAUAGAUGCGGGAAAAAAGUCUUGACGAACGUUUGGUCAGGACAUCUUUCCGGAUGAACUGCAAGGCUGAUCGAUUCAUCAUCGUUUUCUCUCAUGAAUCACUCCAUCACUAGUUGACUUUCAUUCCUACAUGUGAAUCGGCCGAAAUGGUGACAGAAGCCCCGGAGAAACAAAAUGAAAUCCUCAUCACCACCUUGAUCUUCUUCAUAAUUGCCUGUGUGGCAGUCGCGUUACGGUGUUUUGUUCGAACAAAGUUGUUGAAAGCAUUUGGUGCCGAUGAUGUACUUGCAGUUUGCUCUUUGGUAGAAUCAAUCUCUUAUGGCAUUACACCGAAGGCGUAUACUGAUUUUUCUAGCUUUUCCUUUGCAUCGGCGUCGUCUUGACCAUCCUGGGGAUUAACUCGGGCUUUGGGAAACAUGUCGAUAAUAUGACACCAGAGGAGUCCUCGCGCGGAUUGAGAGUACGCUACUCCUUAUGAGAUCAUAUGUAUAGACGGUUCUUUUGACAUCUUUAUCUAGUACUGGUGCCUCUUAGAAAUCAUAUACCCCCCUGCGAUAGCUCUCGUCAAGUCAUCCAUUGCCCUUUAUCUCAUACGCAUCGCCGUUAAUCCUGUUCAUACAUACACCAUCUACAUCUCCAUGUCACUCUUUCUCGCGUACACCAUGGGCUUUUUCGUCUUCUUAUUACUUCAAUGCAGACCAAUUUCACUUUACUGGAGGAGAUUUGAAGGAGCAACCGAUGGGCAAUGUCUACAGCCUUCCACGAUAGCAGCUAUGGCAUAUGGUCAUGCGGCAUUAAGCGUCUUGACGGAUCUAACGCUGGGGAUAAUUCCUGCCUUCAUUGUGGCAGAUCUCCAAAUCACGACAAGGACGAAAACCGCCGUUGCAAUGACCCUAGCAUUGGGUUCCAUGUAAGUGAUUCUGUUCAUUGAUCAAUCAUCAUAGGUUGGAUUGAAAAUACUGACAGAUUAUCAGUGCAAGCGUGUGUACUCUCACGAGGAUCGCUUAUAUCAAAAGUCUUAUGACUGCCACUGAUUACCUCUACUCAAUAGCGUAUGUUGCUUCUACGCUUCCAUUUUCGCGCUCAUAAAUUCACUAUAUUAAUCUCACACCAGUAAUGUUAUUAUUCUGACCAUCGUCGAAGCAGCGGUCGGACUUAUAGCAUCCUGUUUAGCGACACUCAAACCCCUCGUCCGCUCAUUCCUCGACUGGUCCGAAAAAUCAAUGGCAUCGUCUGGCGCUUUUCACAACCGCAUGGUUGACGGAGUAAGCGGGCGACGAACGAGAGUAGAUGAUACAGAACUAAAUUUGAGGCCUGAUCUCAAGAUCGUCGGAUUCACCACGACGAUAAUAUCGAGUAAUGGACGAGAUUCACCACCUUUGCAUGCGAGCAUUAAUCAGACAAUUGACUUCAAAAGCGAACCGUGGCAUAGUACGAGUCCAUAUGGAAGUCCAGGCUCUCGUGGGCGUCUGGGAAGUGUAAAUGGGACGGGGAGUGUAAAUGGGACCGCGGAAGCAGCAGAGCCGGCUUAUCACAUAAAGUAAAGGAACAUUCGACGUUUAUGAUACCCGUUGCGACAUAAUAUAUUUAUUUAAUGGAAAAUUACGAUUUUUAAGGACUGAUGUGAGGAGGUUUCUGCCCCUCCGGCUCGUCGUUCAUUUCUUGGCCACACAGUUGAGCGUAUCGGUAACAAAUUCGGCAGGGGAUUAUGCGCGGUAGGGAACAAUUUUAGAAAGGCAUUCUGGUAUUAUUUGGGACAUUCGGGUUAGAUUUGCACUUGUCAUAUCAAGUUGCCAUUGGUUAAUGAAAGAUGCAUUUUGGGCGUUUCUUGUACAGGUAUAUGUCUUCUUAAGCGUUGUCAAGCGCCGUAUACCCCCGUCGACUAUCUCCUCGACAU